GUGAAUUGCCCAAUACAAAAUAUGAUUAUAGUGCCUAUAGACAUAUACAUAAACUAAGGGUACAUCCAUAUAUCUAUAUAUACUACCAAGUAUAACGUAAAUGUAAAUUAUUAGUCUGUACCUUUGUAAAAAAAAGCUGUUCAGUUUACUUUUUUUUAGAUCAGAAAUAAAUGGAUUACAAACAACGGUAUUAGAAGUCAGUUCAAAUAUAAAAAACCGGCCAAUUAAUACUAAUUAGAUUCUACUUCCAUAAAAUUUUCUCCGAAUUGCAUUGACUAUAAUUCUAUCUCACAGAAUGAGGACAGGUCAAGUAACAUUGAUCAUGAACAUUCUCCAUCUAUUGUUUAUUCAAUCUACCGAAAGUUAUGCUGUUUUAGAAGGUAAACAAAUUGUGAAGAAAGUUUAUUCAAAACGCCAACCAAUAGUACUAACAGCUGCAGCUGGUUUUAUGUCACGUACAGACAGUAUUGACACAAUGAAUAAUAGUAAUGUUAAUCGUAGUAUAUUUAAUGAUGGGAAUGGUUUCUCUACUAUUCAUCAUGUUCCCAAGAACUCAAGUGGUGCAUACAUCCCACCAAAUUUUAUUACUGGAGCACAUUUAGCGCCUGCACACUCUAUAUUCUCAGAUAUUAAUAAAGAAAACUAUACAAAAUGGUCAUUUUCUACUACAUUUAAUCCAUCAACUACAUCUCAAUUAAAUGAAGUAGUCCGCGAAGAUACACUAACAGAUUUUCCGUUAUACAAGCAACAAAAUCAAACUGAGGAAGAGAUUCAUUCAUUUGGUGGGGGGAAUCAACGACAAAUUGUGGAAGAUGAUAAUGAAUUGCCACAAAUUCAUUCAGACUACCUUUAUGAUGCAGAUUAUGAUUUACCGGAAGAAAUGAAUAAAUAUCAAGUUGUAAUAUCAUCAGAUAUGGAUCCUCCGUAUUCUAUGGACCAACCAAAUGGGGCUGCUAUCAACUCGUCUAGAUUUUCAUGGUCAUAUAAUAAAGAUUAUGAUCAACCAAUGGAGAAUAAAGUGCAAUUUAAGCAGAAUAUCUAUCUAGAUGAUCAACAAAAGAAAGAAGAAGCACGUCCAGUCUAUCAUUCACCAGUUCGCUGGGCAAUAAGAUCAAUAGCUACAAAUGGACAACCAAGACACAUUGCUUGUAGUCAACCUUUAGAUAGAGGAGUUGGUUCUAAUGAAUUAUCUUCUUGGUACUAUGAUUCGAAUGAUGGGAGAUGUCGCUGGUUUGGAUAUCGUGGAUAUGGUGGGAAUGCUAAUAGAUUUUACAGCCGCACAGCUUGCGAAGAAUUAUGCGUUCGAGAUAAUCACAAUUUAUGUGAGUUUGCCAAAUGUCCAAAAUCAAUCACAACCUGUGAACUUGUUGGUGAUCAGUCAUGCAAAGUUUACAAACAACAACAUUCUAAAUCAUGGGAAGCUGAAUGUCCACCAGAUCAACCAGUAUGUGUUACUAAACGAAAUACGAGAAUGGCACCAGAUAUUGAAUUUGAAAAUGUUCCAUCUGAGUGUAAACAACCACCUGAUGCAGGAUCAUGUCAAAUAAAAAAUCCAUCACAAAAUUUUUUCUAUGAUCUAGAAAAUAAUGAUUGUACAUCAUUUUAUUUUCAUGAAUGUGGUGGAAAUGAUAAUCGAUUUGUUACAAAAUCUGAAUGUAUGAGUCAUUGUUCACCUUGA